CAUAACCCUAAACCACAUUAUUGGCCGAUCGGACAAAAAACCGUAAAAUAUCGGUUCUUUGCCAAACGCCCAAAGAUCAAACUUCCGACGCCCUAGGUGAAGUCUUACCACGUUUUUACCGAUUUGAGGUGCAAAUGAAAUCGAUAUCGAUUACUCAGUUGAAGAUAAGUCAGUUAUUGAGAAUUGAGUAGUGAUUUGGUACAGUAAAAUUUCAAUUUCAAUUUCAAUGGAGGAUAGAGAAUUGGAAAUCAGGAGAUGCAAAUCGGUAUUGGACAGAAUCCACCAAUUGCCGCUAUCCAAAAUCACGGAUUCCUGCAAAGGAACCCUGCUUCGUCUGCUCAAUUCUGAGUUUAAUUUUCUUUCUACCUCUAACCCUUGUUCAUCAAUCAGUUCUAAUGUUGGCUAUUUUGAGGCAAUUGUUCACAUACUUCAACAGCCUAGCAUAAUGUGUGUGUCACGUGUGUGCAAGCCAUUCCCUCUGUCAUCUACGAAAAUCAAUAGGGAGAAACCUGAUGCACGAUGUGAAUCUGUCUAUAUCGAUAUUGUUUGUUGUUUUCAUAACAAUCCCACUUGGUUUGUUGUAUCUGAUCGGAACCCUAAGUACAUAACAUGGGAAAGUUCGGGGAGAAACAAGGGCUUGAAAUUGCGGAUUGAACAAAUAAUUCGUGUUGCUCAGUGUUCAGAGGCACUAAAGCCCGCCUCUAUUGUUCUCUUUUUUGCAAACGGACUUGAAGUUAUGGUUCAGGAGGAGCUCAUGAAGAGUUUUGGUUUUAGAGGAUUAAAUACGGAUUUUCCCGAAAUUGAGUUUGCUUUCUUUGAUGUAUUAGAUGGUGAAUGGGUCAAUCUUAUAGGAAAAUCAUAUAAGGGGUCAUGCACUCUAAUUAUGGAUAUUGAUAAUUGUGCAAAGCCUUGUCAAAGCAAGGACUAUGUCUCAGAAAAAAUGAAUUACAUUGGUGUUCAAAAAGAUCUCCCAGGAGCAUAUGAUGAGUUGGAAUUGGGAUCUUCAUUCUGUCGUCUAAUUAUGAACAUGAAAGAGUGGCCUUUAGAUGUUGAAGACAUACAAUUUUGUGGCAAAGGGAACCUUUUUAGAAACAAUGUUGUCAAUCUUGAUACAACGGCCUUAGUUGCUAUUACAUCUGGAAUAAGUAAUGGUGGAGCUGAUAAGCUUUUAGCAAAAUCAGAGGAUGAGCUAAGGCAACAGUUUAAGAACAACACCAAGUUUGUGGUUUCUCAGGCAUUGUCUGAAAUUGAGAGUCCAAUCUACGAUGAACUAAAUGCUGCCUUAUCUGGAAAAAAGGGCAUUGCAUGUCAAUCAGUCUGUGCAGAGUUUAUGGAGUUGGUUUCUAUGUUUGGGGGUCCUAAUGAGCAGAUGAGAGCUAAUAAUUUGGUCAAGCUUCUAAGGGUUGUGCCUGAUACUCCUUCUCCUCGCAUGAUGUCCCUCCCGGUCACAAGGAAGCUAGCUCUGAAGAAUAAAAUUGCUUUUGGGACUGGAGAUCACUUGGGUGCUCCAACUUUGUCGGCAAACAUGGGAUUUGUAAGAGCUGUCUCACAAACUGGGAUGUCCCUUUUCACUCUUGAACAUAGACCACGAGCUCUUGUUGGUGACUAAAAAAUAUGUUUAUACCUCGAAGAAGUGUCGGAUAUUAAUUUGUCAUUUGAUCAUACGAUUGGCAAUUAAAAACUGCAAGAUGUUGGAUGGGAAGCCUAAUUGUGCACAAGGACGUUGACACAUGUAGGUAUGAUCUGCAUCCAUUCUUUGCCGCUUAUCCUCAAGGGUGCAUACACUGCCUGUAGUUUCAUGUUUUGCUGACAAACUAAAAAGAUGAUGAAAAGGACAAAUAGAUUGCAGUUUUGCUAUGCUAGAGAAUUGUUCAGUUCUUUAACUAAGGAUCUCGUUACUUAGAUUUUCAUGCAUCUAUGUCCUUCUCCGUAUGUGAUUCAAGAACAGUGUAUAUGCUUCGAGACCAUCGAAGGGGUUUUCCAAAACUGGCGUUUUUGCAAAACUUGAAAACUCUUGUUUCGAAGUGGGGAUAAUUCUGUUUGAAAAUUUUCUCUUCCACCCUUUUCUCUCAUUUCAUUAUUGUAACCCUCAUCUCUUUCUUUGCUCAUAUGUAGAUAUAAAUCAACGUUAAAGCUUAUUAUCAUUAGGAUUUUAUUCAAGAAAGUAAAUGUGGUAGCUGUAAGUUGUAAAUGUUGGAUAUUGUAUUAGAUGUUGGGCUUGUUCUGCAAAAAAUUUGCAUAAAAAUAUUUGGAGCAUCACCUGUAGUAAAUACUACUUCUAUAAAGAUUGAAAAGUGUGUUUAUGUAAUUAAUACUUUUAUAUUAAGUGAUUGAUGAAUCCUUGUUAUUGUAA